AGACAUGGGUCCUUACGACAUGCUCUGGAUCUGUAUUUACUAUGUCAUAUCGUCGUUCGAUACGGUUUUCGAAAUCAUUUGCAUGGCUGCUGUGUUCUCCUCGCUGAGCGCGUUACUUGGAUUUGGGGACGAAGAGCGACAUCCACCGUGCUUGUGCCCGCAAGUUUACGUCAGGAUUAUUAGCAUGACCGUGGGACAUCUUUUUUCAGCAGUACUACUCGCAUGGACGAUAAAUCGGGACGAAGAACGUGCGCAGCACAAUCCACCGCGAUGCACAUGUCCGCAUGUCGCAAGUGAUUCGCCGCGGUUCUGUGUAGCGAUGCGAAAGCAUAAUGAUGAAGACGACGAAGACGGUGAAGACAAGCAUGGCGAUCAUGACUGAUCGAUUUUGCAGCG